AAUUGAAAUCAUCACUAAUACACUGUCUACAUUUGUGGAAAAAUUAUUUUGACCAACCUCAUUCAUGUUACCCAAGCCCAAAAACGACUAAAUUGGCUUUCUCCGACAUUUCAAAUAUCAGCUGUUCGUCAACCCACGUUAAGACUUAAGACACACACACCACAUACGUUAUACAAUUUCAACAAAUAAUGAGCGGCUUACAAUUAUCGCGACGCAUUAGUAUACAACGCGGUCAACUAUUUCUACGCUUGCAUAAAAACAAUAGCACCACACAAUGUGUGAGAUUUGGCACUACGCGACGCAACUGGUUUUUCCGCAAAUUCCUAAGUCCUAAAGAAGAAGAAAAGUUAUACCUUGGCAUUACCUCUGCAUUUCGACAAAAGCUCGGCAAACAAUCCGACGAAAGCGCUAAAUCCUACUCCAACAUUAUUGAACAAGUUAUUUUAACCUCAUCGUCACCUUCAAACCAAUCCAGCAAAAUCAACAGCAACAAAGACAAUAUCAUUAAAACAAUUCCCACACUCGACCAGCUACAGCAUUUGAAACAAUCACUGGACAAUGCAACCGAUGCUGCAACACUCAAUCAGCUCUGGAACGAACUCGAUCAGUAUCAAUUCAGCAGUGUUGCACUUUAUAAUCGUUUGAUACGAUCGUACCUACGUCUCGGACUUCUGGAAAAGGCUGAACAAGUGUUUACACAAUUAACAACACUGAUGCCGACGACACGAACAUUUACGUAUCUUGUACAAGCGUAUGUCAAGGCCGGCAAUAUAGACAAGGCUAAAUUUUAUGUGGAGAAAAUGCAGUAUCUGGAUUUACGAUUACGAACUGCAUUCGACUGUAAUGUCAUGCUCAAAUAUUAUGUUCAGGCGGAUGAGGCACAUGCAGUGGAUAUUUUAUGGCGACAUAUUGUGCAACAUGCGGAUACAAUCAAGCCGGGAUGGGGUAUCUAUACACUGUACAUGGAAUGGCUAUUACAUCCACAAAACCAUCAUCAGUCAGCAACAAGUGAUGUGAUGGCAAAGGUCGUGCAGGAUGCUUUACGAUUAUUGGAACACAAACCUACGACCCAGCAGGCGUGGAUCAUUGCCCAAGCAGCCGAAACGCUUCAUACAACACACCCAGCCGUAGCAGAUCGCGCUAUGCUGUUGGUUGCCCGGACUGCACCCAAGUUGGUACACAAGGAAGCAGUGGACCCUAUCCUCCACACGUAUCUGGCUAAUGGACAAACACUCAAGGCAGCGGCGCUGUAUUACUUUUUACGCAAAGCACACGUGCCUGACGCAUCCAUCGCCUAUUCCGAAACUUUAUCCAGACUGGAAUCCGUGCUACGACAACAGGAAUCUUAUUCUUCUUCCGAACAAGAAAGACUCCACUAUGGAUAUUCACCCGACUUCUCCCCUGCCUAUUAUCAUUAAUUAUGUGAUGAAUAAAUGUCACGAUAUAUCUUCAAUUAUAAUACAUUAUAAGUGAAACCUAAUGGCCACUAUUUCUACUACUACUACUACUACUAUCAUUAUUAUUAUUAAGCACUAUUACAAUUUAGCCGCUUUGAGAGAAGCACGAGUGAAGUGCUCAUCAAUUAAAG